UGACUAUCCCGAUCCGCUGCUGCCUCGGAAAGGUAUCAGCCCCAAGAAGUACCCUGCCGGUGUUACUGCUGAGAUAGAGGAGCGUCUAAUGGCCGUUAUUGCAAAGACCCAGGCGACAUCGAAUGCUUGAUGCCAUGGAAAGAUAGGAGAGCGUGUUAUGGGAGUGUUUUUUUGGGGGGGCUGUUCAUCGAGAUACAUGGUCCUGGGGGCCAAUGCUGCGGUUCAGUCCAAGUCUUGUGGCUCGUCCGUUUUCUAUUGUCCGUAUUGUUAAAGACAAUAGUAAUUCAUGGCCAAUUGUCGGCCAGCUCCGUCCCCCUAUGUCUUUCACUAUCACUAUCAACCCGUCUACCGCCGAGAAGGAGACCGGCUUCGAGGUCUCGCUCAACGUCGACGAGACUUCCAGCGUCACCAUCAAGCCUUCCACCACCGCCGGGAGGGACAGCGGCGUCGAGGUCUUGGUAAAGGCCGAAAAGUCUUUCACCAUCACCAUCAAUGCCUCCUCCGCCGAGGUCGUCGACUCGCCGCCAGCCCAGCCAACCGGGCUCUCUUCGCACCCCACCCCACCUUCGGAUACCAGCCUUGGUGGUGCCAGCCCCACGGGCAGGCGAGGCAGAAGCCUAUCUGUCGACUCUUCCGACGGGGGUCGCCCCGAGAAGCGGGCUCGGCUCGCCGCCGACGAGGACGAACUGGCGUCGGAGGACUCCCGGCCCGACAAGGACCGUGCGCUCUGGGAGCACACCGGCGCACGCCGCAUCCGGUGGGGCAAGUGGCCCACCGCGUCCGUGCUGCCCGGUGAGUCACCCAGGGCGCACGAGAGGCGUCUGGACUGGGAGUACUCCGCCUGCCGCGAGGCCGAGUCGAGGUACUACCACUGGCACGUGGCCCAAACAGAGCUCCUGGUGCCGUCGGACGAGCAACUCGGUGCCCUCGAGGCGGAGAGUGAGGACGAGGGCGCGUAUGGGAUGGCGUCGAGACCGGCUUCUGAAGGAGGGAGUUGGGUGGGUUAGUGUCUGGUCGGAGUGGAAGGGGGGAAGGGAUGUUUAUUAUCAAUCCUAUACGGUUGCCUCGCGGCACCAUCCCUUAGCUUAGCAGCAUUAAACGGCGACAGGAUUGUG